AUGGAUAUCGCGAAUAGGCAACCGGCGGGACUCCACACUGAUCCUUACCUCGCGCAAUGCCAGACCACAGUGUCGAAUGACCAACGAGCCUGUCGCAAGCCGAUCAAGCACCUGAGGAGGUCAGGAGCCACACCGAUGCAAAGUAAAUUGAAGAAGUUCCGAGUAAAUCAAGCGGGGGGCAGAAUGGAUUUAGGGGCGGUCGGAGCAGGUGACCUUUAA